AUGGUGGAUUUGAUCUGGUUUUGGUUGAGGGGGUGGGUUGGACUGGGAUGGGAUGGGAUGGGGGUGGAGAUGGGUGGAGAAGAUGAAGUGGGAGACGAUCUUUAUGAAGGAACUCGAAUGGCUAGAGUUGCAGAUCUCCCUGGAAUCAAACAACUUUUGCAACCUUUAGAAGAUUCUGGCACAUUGACAAGAAGGACAGAGGAAGAGCUACUUAUAGAACUGAAUUCAUUCAUAGUCGUUGAAAGAGAAGGUCAAAUUAUAGCCUGCUCCGCUCUUUUUCCAUUUUUUGAAGACAAGUGUGGAGAGGUUGCAGCUAUUACUGUUUCUCCUGAAUGUCGAGGGCAAGGACAAGGAGAAAAAUUACUUGGUAUGACAUAA